AUGGAUAGUGAGAUAAACACCUCAAGCCAGUCUCUCGAGAUCAAAACCUCUCAUGUUGGCUUACAUAUUAUGGUUGUGGAUGAUGAUGUUAUAUGUCUCUCAAUUGUAGCAGGAAUUCUUAAGACAUGGAAAUAUGAAGUGAUGUCUGCAGAUGAUAAAGAAAGUUCCAUGUUAAGGGGUUUAGAAGCUGGAGCUGCAUUUUACAUUGUGAAGCCUGUAAACUAUGAUGACCUUAAGAACUUAUGGCAAUAUGCUGUUGGCCCAAAGAAAGGUAAAUCCCAUAUUGUCAUGCAGGAAAUUGAAAGGACUCAAGGGGCAUCACAACUUGAGAAAACAUCCAAUAAUGAAGUAGAGUCAUUGAUGAAUGAAGAGAAGCAUAAUAAGAGAGAUUCCAAGAGAAAGACAUUGAAAAAGGCUAAUGAAGGCAAUGGAAAAGAAAAAUCUGAGACUGUUGCCCCCAAGAAGGCAAAGGUGAUCUGGACAUCUGCACUUCAUAACCGGUUCUUGGAAGCUGCAAGAAAAAUAGGCCUUGAAAGGGCUGUUCCAAAGAGGAUUCUUGAGAUAAUGAAUGUGCCAGGAUUAACUAGAGAAAAUGUGGCUAGCCAUCUGCAGCUUUGUUGUUCAAUUUGUUUGAUGCCUUCCAAUCAUUUCUACUCCUUAAUGAUGGCAUUUAUGCCACUUUUUCAGAAAUAUAGAAUUUUUCUGAAGCGUGUAAUGGAAACAAGCAGCUCUGGAACUAUCACUGGAAAGAACAUUUCAGAGAGAACUCUCAGAUCAAGCUUUGCCACAGGGCAUCCUUCAUUAAUGGUUAAUGCUCUCCAGCGAGGUUUCCCACAGUUUCUGGACCAUCAACAAGUAGGAGCAUCCCAGUUGCAACCAAGAUUCCUCGGCAACCUCCCAAUUGCUAAUGCUUCAAGCCUUAGCAGCACAAUUUUCCCCAAUCAGCAAGCUUCAAGUGGUAACCCUAUACCUCAACUUGGAUAUGGACAAGCCCAUUCAAUGAACAAACACGCUUAUCUCCAGCAACCAACUUUUGGCAACACUAAGGCUCUCUAUCAAGCCAACGGUGCAGGUAUGAAUGCUACAAAUCCAAUGCAAAUGUACCAACAGAAAACUCAAGCAAGAUCAGAACUUGUCCCAAAUGCCAUGUCUAACAACACUUUCACUGCCUUUGGAGUUUCUGAUCCCAACAACAUUCAUGGAAUCCAGAACAAUGGUGUCAACAAUUCUGAUAUGACACUAAAUAUUGCUGGUUCUGGUCAAAUAGGAUUUGCUGGUGGUGGGAUAUUGAAUGGUUUCAAUGGCGGUUACGGCUUGUUCGAUGGAAACAAUGGUAUUACACAUGCAUCAUUGAGAAAUGUGAAUUCUGGUUAUUAUGCUGAAGGAGCAUGUUCUUCCGCAGGGUUUGGGGGCACAAACCAAAUCCCACCUAGGUUCUCCAAUGUCAUCCAACAAGAAAAUAAUCCAAUGCUGCUGCCACAACAGAACAAUCUAGGGGAAGGAGGGGAGGACAAUAGCUAUUUGCUUGAUCAACUGAGGAAUAAUACUGCUCCUAUGGAGAACACUUCUAUCUCACAAUUUGCGGAAAAUGAUCUUGAUGAAAUUUUCGGGCAGAACCAGCCUAAAAAUCCAUCCUAUAAUGAGAGACAAUUUGAUGGAGGUAUAAUAAGUUACGAUUAUGACAGUGGCAUGAAUCAGUUGGAUGACUAUUUUCCAAUCUUUGAUCCACCAUACCCUAAUCAGGCAAGUCAAUUGCUUGCAUAA